UUUGUUUUUCCUCUCAUUGAACGGCUAAACCAUGGCCACCAUUACCAAGCAACAGAAAACACCCCACAUAGCCAUUGUGCCCACUCCAGGGAUUGGCCAUCUCGUCCCACUCGUUGAGCUCGCAAAGCGACUCGUCCUCCACCACAAUUUCCUGGUCACCUUACUCAUCCCCACAGAUGGUUCACCCAUGAUACAACACAAAGCCUUCCUUGAAGCCCUACCCAACUCCAUAUCCUCCAUAUUUCUUCCUCCCGUCAGCCUUGACGACCUCCCCGAGGACGUCAAGAUCGAGACCCGGAUCGCACUUACCUUGACUCGGUCCCUCCCUGCCCUACGAGACUCUUUCAAGGUCUUAGCCGAGUCAACUCGGCUAGUAGCCUCGGUGGUUGAUUUACUUGCUUUGGAGGUGUUCGAUGUGGCUAAAGAAUUCGGUAUUUCUUCCUACAUUUUUUUUUGUACAACCGCCAUGGCUUUGUCGUUCGUCUUUCACUUACCAGAGCUUGAUGAAACAUUCACUUGUGAGUUCAGAGACUUGCCUGAACCGAUCAAAUUACCCGGUUGUGUGCCGAUCCAUGGGUCCGAUCUGGCGGACGGAUUUCAAGAUAGAAAGAAUGAGGUAUAUAAAGCGAUUCUACAAAUGGCCAAACAAUACCCUCUUGCUGCUGGAAUUAUGGUUAAUAGCUUUCUGGAUUUGGAACCGGGUUGUUUUAAAGCUUUGAUGGAAGGAAAAGAGGGCUGGCCACCUGUUUACCCAGUUGGACCGCUUGUUCAGUCCGGUUCAGACAUGAAUGCGGUUGAAGGUUCCGAGUGUUUGAGGUGGUUGGAUAAGCAGCCAAAUAGUUCAGUGUUAUUCGUUUCAUUUGGUAGCGGUGGGACGCUUUCACAUGAGCAGCUAAAUGAAUUGGCCUUAGGACUUGAAAUGAGUGGGCAAAGAUUUCUUUGGGUUGUGAGGAGCCCACAUGAGAAAGCUGCCAAUGCAAAUUACUUCAGUGUACAAAGCAUUAAGGAUCCUUUUCCUUUUCUUCCUGACGGGUUCUUGGAGAGGACAAAAGAAGUGGGUCUAGUGGUGUCCUCUUGGGCUCCUCAGGUGCAGAUCCUAAAGCAUGCCUCCACCGGCGGCUUCCUGUUCCACUGUGGGUGGAAUUCAACCCUGGAGAGCAUGUUGCACGGCGUGCCGUUGAUUGCUUUGCCACUAUACGCGGAUCAAAGGGUGAGCUCUGUACUGCUAGCUGAUGAUUUGAAGGUUGCUUUUAGGGUCAAAGUCAAUGACAAAGGCCUGGUGGGACACAAAGAUAUUGCAAACUACGCAAGAGGGAUAAUCGAGGGAGAAGAAGGAAAAUUGCUAAAGAACAAAAUGAAAGAACUAAAGAAUGCGGCUGAAAGGGCUUUGAGCCAAGAUGGGUCGUCAACAAAAUCACUGGCGGAGGUGGCUCAGAUAUGGAAGAGUCACAAAGAAUGAUAAGAAAUCAUUCCUGAAAGUACGUGGUUUAUUUCGGUCUGCUUUUCAGAGUUCUUCCUUUUAUUGUUGAGUUCCUCCUUUUAUUGUUGAGUUCUUCUUCUUUAGACUUUAGUUUAGUUUUAGUGAGUGUUGUAUUCUGGUUUAUGCAAAUCUGUUUCAGCUGGUUGUUUUGACUAAAUGGUGUGUCUCGUAUUCUUGAG